UGGGUUGUUUGUUUCUCAUCAAAGUAAGACACACAAAACCUCACCUUCAUUCUUUUGCCCCUCCUUUGCCUCUGCAAUUCUCUCGAACCCUAGAAGCCCAUAUAUCUCUCUCGCUCCCACUGUCGGUCUCUUUCCAAGCUAUCGCUAUCUACUUCUCUCUCUCUCUCUCUCUCUCUCUCUCUCUGUGAUCUUGGAUUUCUGGUUUUCAUAACCGUGCAAUUUUUGUUGUGCUUGACGGCGAUGGCUGACGGAAAGCUCAAUCUUCCCGAAGAUCUCUUCUCCUCCAAGUCUCCUGAUGAGCGCUUCUCCGUUAAAGGUGAAGCCUGGGUAGGAAAUGGCGAGGACAAGGAUCUUAUGGGAUUGCUUGAUGAGGCUAAAGAUCGAGUGACUUCAGAGAGCAGCAUUCCUCUUUCUCCACAAUGGCUUUAUGCUAAGCCAAUGGAUUCUAAGAUGUUAGGUAGUGGAACAACAGGGGACACACGUUCACCAAACACUUUAGCACAUGGAAACCUUGCUGACCCCAACUUGAAAGAAAGCUGGCAUUUAGAUGGAUCUCAGGAAAAGAAAGACUGGCGGAGGGCUUCUGCUGAGGUUGACAGCGGUCGCCGCUGGCGUGAGGAAGAGAGAGAAACGGUCCCGCUUGGUAGAAAUCGCAAAAAAGAUGAUCACCGUGUUGAUGCCAUGUCAGCUAGGUAUAACUCUGAGAGCAGAGUCAUGUCUUCAGAUCGUUGGCAUGACGUUGCUAACCGUAAUUCUGACCAUGACUCCCGGCGAGACAGCAAGUGGUCAUCAAGGUGGGGCCCAGAAGAAAAAGAGAAGGAUAUUCGAAAUGAGAAGAGGACAGAUGCGGAAAAGGAAGACAAUGACAAACAAAACAUUGUCGGCAACAACCGGGUGGCUUCUGAACGUGACAAUGACUCUCGUGACAAGUGGAGGCCACGCCAUCUUAUGGAAGUUCAUGCGGUUGGCUCUGCUGCAUAUCGUACUGCGCCAGGUUUUGGCUUGGAGAGAGGACGAGUGGAGGGCUCUAAUACACGUUUUGCUCCUGGACGAGGAAGGGCUACUGGUAAUGGGAGCUUGCAAAUUGGCAUGCCUCCCUGUGCUCCUGGUAUAGGGUCUCUUCUUUCGGUUAAGAAUGGCAAGUACUGCUAUCCAAGGGGAAAACUUCUUGAUAUCUACCGUAAUCAGAAGUCUGCUCCAAAUUUUACUGCCAUACCUGAAGGGAUGGAUCAUUUAUUGCCAGCAACUCAAGUAGACCCUGUUAAGCCAUUGGCUUUUGUUGUUCCCAAUAUAGAAGAAGAGUCUGUCCUUGGAAAGAUAUGGUCGGGAAAAAUUACAAGCAGUGGGGUUUUUGGUGAAUCAGUUAGAGACAAGUAUACAAUGUUAAAUGAUAAUAGUACAGGCAUUAAUGAUGUUAGUUUAGCAGAGGAGAAACAGGCCAAGGAGAAGCAGAUUUCCUUGACUGAUGCUAAAGAAACUAUAGAUUCUUCUAACAAGGCUGGUGUAAAUAGGUUCUGCAAAGGUGAUGUUGAGGCAUCUCAUGUGUCUGGUACUCAGUUUGUUAUGACUGAGGAGAGGGAUGCACUUAAAGGUGAACAGAAACUGGCUGCGAAUGAUGUUUCUAAUAAUGCAAUAGAGAGUGGGCCAGGAAACAGUGUUCGUGAACUCACGGUCUCCAGUAAAAUAGCAGCUGUAGAUAUGGAUUUUUCUGCUAACUCUAAGUUGGGAGAUAUUGAUGGUCCUACUUCUUUUGAAAUUGGUAGCCAGCUUCCUGAUGAUUCAAAUUCCUUUUAUGACUUUUCUUCUCUGCAUCAAAAUUUGAGUGGUGACUCACUCCGACUAAAGAGGGGUGAUGAAGGACCUUCAUUGGAAAGUGGUAUCCCACCAGAGGAGUUAAGUCUGUACUAUCUUGAUCCGCAAGGAAAUAUACAGGGACCAUACUUGGGGAUCGACAUCAUUACAUGGUUUGAGCAAGGAUAUUUUGGAACCGACCUACUAGUCCGUUUGUCUGAUGCCCCUGAGCAAUUGUCUUUUCAAGAACUUGGUGAGGUCAUGCCACAUUUGAAAAUCAAAUCUAGGUCUGCUUCCAGUGCUGAUUUACCGACUAGGCCAACACUGUCUGAUUUUGUGGGAGGCAGUUUGGAGGAAAGUGCACUGGAUCCUGCUUCUGCUUCUGACUUUAAGGGGUUGGAUUAUAGGGAGAACCAGCAUUGGUCUUCAUCUGGAUUUGAUGUGAUGUCAAGUGUUAGUGUUGAGGCUGGAGCACCUGACCACAGUUAUCGCACCGAUGUCCAGUAUGAUGAAAGCUUCAGAAAUUUUGUUGCUCAAGAUGAAGAGAUUGUCUUUCCUGGAAGGCCUAGAAGUAGUACUAGUAUCCCCUUGAUGGGACCUGAUGACAGGCAUGAUUCAGUUUCCAAUCCCACUGGUCAGUCUUCCCUUGCGACUAAAUUUUCAGAAACUAGCUUGCCUCAACAUCAGGAUGAUAGGUUGCUUCCAUUUGGUCUGCCAUUGUCUGAACUCAGGAGCAAUUCUCAUUUGAGGGGUGAUCAGACAUCAAAUAUUGUUACUGGUGUGGGUGAACAGGAUCACAGGAGAGAUUCUUUCUUUGAGAAAGACACUGGUUUUACUAGUCACAGGUCUUUUGGUGCGAUGGCUGACCAAAUUCCACUUGUGGGGACGCGGUCUAGUGAUUAUAAAAACAAACAAUUUUCUGGUCCAAACAUAAAUUCUGGGCCAAUAGAUGCCCAACACAUAUCUCACAGGGAACAAGAGUUCAACGAUUUUGACUUGGCAAAUCACUUGAUGGCUCAGAAAUUGCAGAAGAAACAACUUCAGCGACAUGAUCUUUUAUCUUCUCAUCCUUUUGCACAAACCUCUGGGUUGGAGGAGGAUCAGAUGCCAGGUUUUACUCCUAGUGAGCUUCCUAAUUUCCAGUCUUCGGUCCAUUAUCCAUUCCCAAAUAUGGACGGGCUUUUGGAACUUCAGUUUCAACAGCAGCGGCAACUUGAGCUCCAACAGCAGCAGCGGCAAUUUGAGCUUCAACAACAGAAGAGGCUACUGCUGAUGCAGCAGCAACAGCGACAAGAGCAACUCCGUCACCAUCAAAUAAAAUUACUGGAGAAACAACAACAGCAACAUCAGUCUCAAGUUCAGCAAUUGCUUUUUGAACAAAUGCUGCAGCAUCCAAUGUCUGAUAUUGGUUAUGGGCAGCCAAAUAUGGAUCCUGUGAAAGAUAACUUUCUUGAUCAGGCGCAGUUGAGGAUGCUACUUCUUCGAGAACUACAACAGAAUUCUCAUACUUCAAGGCAUUUUGAUCCGUCAUUGGAGCAGAUAUUCCAAGCAGAGAUCAGUCAAAGUGCACUUCGGGAACGGGAGGUUCAUUAUUUGGACCUCCUAUCACAAGUGAAGCAUGGUGAAAUGCAUCCCUCAGAACGCGAACUUCGUUUGCGGCAGCAACAGUUUGAGGUUCAGCGGUUAUCUAUGGAAUUGAGGCAGCAAUUGGGAAUGGACGGGGAAAGGCAUUUUGGUGGGCCGUGGUUGGUUGAUGAAACUGGUCACUUUCAGCGGGAUCAUGCUGGUGGUCAUCAUUCUUUUUCUGCAGGAAUUAAUACUUUAGAUUUUUAUCAGCAACAACAGAGGUUUCCUUCUCAUGAAGAGCAGUUGGCUCACAGUAACAGGGGUCAUAUUUUACAAGAGCAUCAUCAGCGUGGGUUUUAUGAGCCUAACUCUCAAGCAUUUGACAGGUCAAUUUCUCUUCCCGCUGUUAAUUCAGGGAUAAAGUUGGACAAUGCAAACGCAUCUGCCCGAGGUCUAGAUUUAGAACAUUUAUAUAUGCACUCUGCUGACCGGUUGAGUUCUUUCACUUCUAGUGCAUCUGCUGUUGGUCGACAAGUUCUUGAUGACUUUUGUGGUUCUCAUCCACAAGCUAUGGCAAUGGAACUCUCUGGAAAUAACAGGCAACUAGACAAUAGCUCGAUUGAAGGAAGGAUGCAACAAUUGCAUCUUGAAGCUGAGAGGCAAAGAAAAUUUCCGGACAGUACCAUAAUUUCUCCUGAUUUAGAUAUGUGGGGGUUAGCUGGAACUCACGAGGAAAACUCCAAGCAAGCUUUGAUGGACCUUCACCAGAAAUCGUGUAUUCAGUCUAUGCAAUCAUCGGAAGUUGAUCCUGAACAUCAUAUAUCAUCUUCUGAUACUGGGGAAAUCCUUGAACCAAUUUCCGAGUCAUUUUCUUCACGUGUUCCAUUUAAUCGUUUCACAGAUCGUUUGGUCUUUGAGGCAAUGAACAGACAAUUUAACCAUCAGGGAAACAGUGAAGGGUUGCCUCUCAUAUCGAAUUCUGCAGCAUUAUUAGAAGACUCGUUCAUGUCAGGUGAUAGUGAUAUGACUGGGAGAGGCAUUGUAGAGCGGGAUGGAAAGGGGAGGAGGAAUGAUUCUCAAGGCAUAACUGCAAUGAACAGGUCAUUUUUGGAGAGGGAAAACGACUUGGUGGCAGAAGCAGAAGGUGCCAUGGAUUUUCGAGAGUUGCCUAUUAAUGCACAUAGCAGGCAUGGUUCUAUAAGUAGUGCUGGUGGAAAUGGAAGCCUGUACAGCUAUGAUAUGGGAUUGGAUAAAUCAGUUGAAGAGGAAGUUUUCAAUGACAGACAGUCGUCAAUUUUGAGCAAGGGGCUUGCUUCAAAUAGACGCCCGCCUAUAUCUCUGGCUCUAUCUUCACGGGAUGUUUCAUCAGAGCUGGCUUCCUCCCCACUAAUUAAGCUGAAAAAUUCAACCAACAUUGCAACUUCAGAUGAUGUGAAUCGUGCGUCCACUGGGGCUGCCCAAAAUGCUCGAAUACAGGCAUCUGGGAGUAGAGAGGUUCAUUUCCGGAGGACUUCAUCUUGCAGUGAUGCUGUUGUAUCAGAGGCAUCAUUUAUUGACAUGCUCAAGAAACCAGUUCCUUUGGAUGCUGAAGAAUUAAAUGCUGCUACGAUGGAUUCUUGUGAUGGAGCUGCAGGUGCAGUUACAGGUAAAAAUGUUAAAAAGAAAGGGAAAAAAGGGAGGCAAAUAGACCCUGCUCUCCUUGGCUUCAAGGUCUCCAGCAACCGGAUCCUGAUGGGUGAAAUCCAACGCCUUGACGAUUGAACUUUUGGCAUAUGAUGUAAAUCUUUGCUUGUGCAGAAAAUAUUGCUGAUUGCAAAGGCGAUCAAGGGCCAUAAGAGUAUGAUGUCAUAAUUCUCCAAGAGAAAGACUUGCCAAAGAAGUCUACUGUAAAGCAUAGUUAUGAAAUUCGUUCAUUCUUUCAUGUAAUAGUUCAGGAUGGAGCAGAAUGAUGUUCUCGCUUCUGUUGUUUGAGGUCCGUGUAUACGAAUGCAUAUAACAAAUUUUUACUCUCCAUGAUAACAUCGUUGCCAAUGCUGCGCCAGC